CCUUCAUUCCGAAACAUUCAUAUAACCAAAAUGACUUCCAACUUCCCAAUCUACCCAGACCUAGCCGGCAAAGUCGCCCUCAUCACAGGCAUCGGCCAAGUCGGCAUCCCCAACUCCCCAACCUGGGGCAACGGAGCAGCAGCCGCCCGAGUCCUAGCCCACAGCGGCGUAAAAAUCGUAGGCUGCGACAUCAACCUCUCAGCAGCCGAAUACACCAAAACCAGACUCCUCAAAGACAACCCCAACACAAUCUGCGACGUUCUCAAAGUCGACGUCACAAACUCCGACGACAUCGCAACUUUCGUCCAAACAGCAAUUACCAAACAUGGGCAAAUCGACAUCUUAUACAAUAAUGUCGGAAUGACAGCUCCAGGAGACCCAGCCACAAUGUCCGACGAAGCCUGGCAAGAACAAAUCGAUCUCAAUCUCAAUAGUGUUUUCCGCUGCUGUCGUCUCGUUUUACCGAUUAUGGAAAAACAAGGCUCAGGUGUAAUAAUCAACAACGCCUCCAUCACAGCACUACGUUACAUCGGGAAACCUCAGAUCGCUUAUGCCACUUCCAAAGCAGCUGUGGUACAAUUCACCAAAGCUACAGCUUGCAUGUAUGCUUCCAAGGGUAUACGAUUGAAUUGUGUCAUUCCUGGUCUGAUGUACACGCCACUGGUGGAGAAUUUGGAGAUGAGCGAGAAAGAAGAAGAUCGGGAAGUGGCGAGGAAGAUUACGCAGCAUAAUGUUCCUAUGGGAGUGAUGGGUGAUGGACAUGAUGUUGCGAAUGCGGUUGCGUUUUUGUCGAGUUCGGCGGCGAAGUAUAUUACUGCGCAGUCUUUGAUCGUUGAUGGUGGGAUUACGGAGUCUACGGGAACUGGUGGAGUUGCAGCUUAG